AUGCUAACAACUCAAAUCAAUGAGGCACGUCAAAAAAUGAAAGCUUUUGAUGAAAUUGAUUUGAAACGAUGGGAAGAUAUCUUAAACCAUCUUAAGAAGUUGGCAGCUUUUACAGUUACUCUCAAAAACAUAAAUAAUGGGCUCGAAUUAUUAGUUACUGGAGAAGACGUGGAAAAUGACUCACCUUUAGAAAAUAUCGAUCGACACCGUAAUGGCCUUAUACCAAUCACUUCUCCACAACUUCAAAAUACUUAUCAUAAUCAGAAUAAUUCUAAAAUGAUGUCAACGAUAUUAAACAACUUUAGUUCUACAAAUAACGUAGAAUCAAAUGAAAUUCGAAGUUCGAUUGCGUCGGCGAACACUGAAUCUAUUGGUCGGACUGGAGAUGCUGGACGUCACAACAAUGAAAGACCAACAACUACAUUGGUUCGAAAUAGAGCCGCUGAAAUUCCAUUUGAACAUAGACGCUUCUAUCCUCUUCGAUGGCGCAUGGACUCUUGA